GCACUGUCAAAUUUUGAAUUAAAAAUGGCGGAUCCUGGUUAUAAGAGUCGUAUUCAAAAUUUCAAGAACAAAGGAAAAGAUCAAGAUGAAAUGCGAAGGCGUAGAAAUGAAGUCACGGUGGAGCUUAGGAAAAACAAACGGGAGGAGACUCUUCAAAAAAGAAGAAAUGUACCAUUUGCUGAUUCCACAGAUGAAGAUGAAAUUGAAAAGUCACUUUCUAAUACAAACUUAGAACAACUCGUUGCUCAAGCAGCUGCUGUUGAUAACCCACAACUUCAGCUAAUGGCAGUACAAUCAGCUAGAAAAUUAUUAUCUUCUGAUCGCAAUCCACCUAUAGAUGCUCUCAUUUCCAGUGGUAUUUUGCCUAUUCUUAUUAAAUGUUUGGAACAUCAAGAAAAUCCAGCUCUACAAUUCGAAGCUGCAUGGGCAUUGACAAAUAUUGCCUCAGGCACUUCAGCACAAACAAACAAAGUGGUCACUGCUGGGGCAGUUCCACUCUUCUUACAUUUAUUGCAUUCACUUCACCAAAAUGUUUGCGAACAGGCAGUAUGGGCUUUGGGUAACAUUAUUGGAGAUGGGCCAGUAUUAAGAGAUUAUGUUAUUGAACUUGGAGUGGUUCAACCUUUAUUAUCCUUUAUUAAGCCUGAUAUACCUAUAUCAUUCUUAAGGAAUGUGACUUGGGUUAUUGUAAAUUUGUGUAGAAACAAGGAUCCUCCACCACCAAUUGCCACAAUAGAAGAAAUUCUGCCAGCUCUCAAUGCACUGAUACAUCAUAAGGAUAAUAAUAUAUUGGUGGACACUGUUUGGGCUCUAAGCUAUUUAACUGAUGGUGGAAAUGAACAAAUUCAAAUGGUCAUAGAAAGUGGAGUUGUUCCAAAACUAAUUCCUUUAUUAAGUCAUAAGGAAGUUAAAGUUCAGACUGCAGCUUUAAGAGCUGUUGGAAAUAUUGUCACUGGAACAGAUGAACAAACUCAAGUUGUUCUCAACUGUGGGGCACUUUCACAUUUCCCUGCUUUGCUCAUACAUCCCAAAGACAAAAUUUGCAAGGAAGCAGUCUGGUUCCUGUCCAAUAUUACAGCUGGAAAUCAAACUCAAGUUCAAGCAGUUAUAGAUGCUGGUCUCAUACCAAAAAUUAUUCACAAUUUAAGCAAAGGAGACUUCCAAACCCAAAAGGAAGCUGCCUGGGCAAUAAGUAAUCUUACAAUUGGAGGAAAUAAAGAGCAAGUUGCUACACUCAUUCGUGAAGGUGUUAUUCCACCAUUUUGCGACUUAUUAAACUGCAAGGAUGCCAUGGUUGUUCAGGUUGUAUUGGAUGGAAUUAAUAAUAUGCUGAAAAUGGCUGAUGCUGAAGUAGAACAAUUGUGUACAAUGAUUGAGGAAUGCCAAGGAUUGGACAAAAUCGAGUCUCUGCAAAACCACAGUAACAUUGAAAUCUAUAAAUUGGCUUAUGAUAUUAUUGAGCAAUAUUUCAGUGGCGAUAAUGAAGACGAUCCUAACUUGGCCCCUGUUGCUGUGGAUACUGGUUAUACUUUUGACCCUAGCACCAAUGUUCCAAAUGAAGGAUUUAAAUUUUGAUCACAUGAUGGACAAAAUUAUCGACUAAUUAUCUGCGUUUAGACACUGUCUUGCUUCCUUACUUGUAUUCAUAUUAUGGAGGUAUAAGUAUGUACGCUCAUUUUAGUUUGUUUUAUGUAAAUAUAUAUUUUUUUAUGAUAAAUUGACGCAGCAGCUUCAAUAGUGGGAUAUUUAUUUAAUUUGAAUUAACUAUUAACUGAGAAAUUGUAAACCUUUUAAUUGGGAAGCUUUGCAGAUUUUGAAUAUUAUUUAGUUUUUGCGCUGUUGUUAUUUAAAUUAUGUAAAUAUCGGGCUUUUUUGAAUAAUGUGAUGAUUAGGAAAUAAAUAUAAAAUGACCGUACAUAAGAAAAUCCGAGCAUGAAUUAUUAAUAUUUUCUUGUUUAUGUACAAAUGUACAAAUUGGUUUUUAUUUAUGUAAUUUUUAUGAAGUAAAAUAUCAUGCUCAGAUUUUUAACUAGGUUUUAGUCUGUAUUUAAUGAUUUUUAGUUGUUAGAUAGACACCAGACACCACCUAAUAAGGUUUUUCUGGUGUAUAUCAAAAAUUUCAACUAGGCAAGGAGUUUAAAAUAAUUUGACAGUUCCACUGACUUUGUUUUAAUUGUUAAUAUUAAUGAUAUUUUGAUCAUUUAUUAUACCACAUUAAAUUAUCAUAUUAGGUACCUUAAAUCUGGUAAUCAUCGAUAUUGUUAGUUAAAGAUCAAUUUUUUUACCUGUUUAUUUUUAACACCUUUUAAAAUGAAUUUCGUUUUAAUAAUUAGGGAACUAUUUUCAACUGUGAAAUUAAAAAGAAUAAACAUUUAAAGUUUAUUAACAUCUUUUUCCUGAAAUAAACCAUAUUAAAUUAAAUACA